UGUGUCUACAAAAAAGCAGCAUAAUCAUUUAAAAAACCAUCAGAGCCUACGGCAUAUUUGAACUACUACCAUCAUCACUUGUCAGUUGUCAUGUGUUUUUUUGUUGCACAUGGGGUUAUGUUAGGUUAGGUUCAGAAGUUCAGAGAGAAAGAAAAUCAAACAUCUUGGACAUGAACAUGCUCCAAGAAAUUACUGAAAUUACGGUUUGCCAAUUUUUGCAGGGAUUUUGAACAAUUCUCAUUCAUCUCUGAGGCUUCCAGUAGUUAAAUGAAAUGGUAAUUUCAAACAAUGCUGAGUUUAUUAUUCAGAAGAAUUACCUUGUCAUUGAAGUCUGCUCGGGAGUUUGUACCUGCUAGUACUAUGGUGAGUGGAAAAAGCUAUUCCAUGAGUCCAUCUGGAUCUCUUGAUAUGGGGAUGAACAGGAUAGUAUGGAUAGAUAUGGAGAUGACUGGUUUGAAUGUAGAUCAAGACAAGAUAAUGGAAAUAGCCUGCCUUGUCACUGAUUCCAAUCUCAAUAUAAUUGCUGAGGGACCUGAAAUAAUAAUAAAUCAACCCAAAAGUAUACUGGACAGUAUGGAUGAGUGGUGUAUCAAACAACAUGGAAAAACAGGGCUGACAGAAGCUUGUUUGAAGAGUAGCAUCAGCUUAAAAGAAGCUGAAUCUUCUGUCUUGGAUUUCUUGUGCAAACAUGUGGAAGAAAAACAAUGUCCCCUAGCUGGAAAUAGUAUUUAUAUGGAUAGGUUGUUUUUGUUGAAGCAUAUGCCAAAAUUGCAUGAUUUCAUUCAUUACAGGAUUAUUGAUGUGUCAACAAUCAAAGAAAUCUGUAGAAGGUGGAAUUCAAGAAUUUUUCAUGCUGUUCCAAAAAAAGAGUAUAGCCAUAGAGCCCUACAGGAUAUAAAAGAAAGUGUGGAGGAGUUGAGAUACUACAGAGACAAUUUCUUCAAACUCAGUUAAUGAAGAUUCUAUUAAGUAGUAAAUAAAUUUUUUGAUCUUUUGAUAAACAUCACUAUCAAACUGCAAUAUAUUCACUCAGUAUGUAUUUUAUUCACAUGUCUUCAUUUUUUGCAAUAAAUAAACUAUACUAUUUUAUUUAUAACAA